AUGCAUGGAGUAGGUCAUGAAGGGGGAGAUGGACAGGCGAAAGGGAAUGCCUAUGAAGUAUUCUUGAGCUUUAGAGGGAAAGACACUCACAAAGGCUUCACUGAUUAUCUCUAUACUAGCCUUGUUGAUGCAGGAAUUCACGUGUUUAGAGAUGACAAUGAGCUUCGUGUUGGUGAGGAGAUUUGUUUGGAGCUUCUUUGCAGCAAUAUGCUGUCUACAAUCUUGAUCCAGAUUAUCUCUGAGAAUUACGCUUUUAGCAAAUGGUGCAUUCGUGAGUUGGUUCAGUUAUUGAAGUGCAAGAGAAGUGGAGGGCAAAUAGUGUUGCCCAUGUUUUAUAAAGUGGAUCCUCGUAGGUGCGCUAUCUUAAAGGGAGAUUUAGAGAUGCUAUCAAUGCACAUAAAGAAGAUUUGCCUGAGAUGGUUGUGA